CACGCUAGCUCCCUUUGCCUCCACCUCCCCGCUUCUGCUCCCAGGUCUCGACAGCCCCUUCCCGACCCAGCUCCCAUGGCAAUUAGCUGAGCUCACUGACUGCCCUGCCCCAGCACAUCCAUCAUGGAUUAGCUAUUUUCUAUCAGCAUUUAUCUCCAGGCACUCUCACUACUACUGUGACAGCCCGAUGCCUCCAGCACCCUCCCUCCUGCUACCGGGCAGCCCUGAUAAAGGACCACUCUAUCUUAUCAUGCUCCCCAGCAGUUAUACAUUAACGGUGCCAUCUCCGGGGCUUGGGAGGGACAGCAUGAGCUCAGCCCAGCCUCAGGCCAGCAGUGAGCAUCCCUGGGUGAUGCAGUGACGGGUGCUGUGACAAGCACAGAGGGCAUGGGCAGGGCAGGCGGGCUGCAGGCAAGUGCAGGUUGUGCUGGUGAGGUUCUUAACACGGCCCCAAAGCAGAGGGAACUCACCAGGGCUGGGGGGACGGACAUUGCCCCCAGCCCAGGGCAAAGGGCAGUUGCUAUCACCUGCCAGCACAGAGCUGUUUGCUCUGUUGCCCAUUAAUAGAGCCGCCUUAUCCUCUGGGCAGGGGCCAGAGGGAGCCCAAAGCCUGUUGGUCAGGCAGGGGCAUUGAUCGUGGGAAGGGGAGGGGGUGCCCCAGAUAACCCCUGCAGACAAAUGGCUUUCUAAUGGGGUCUUGAGCCUUGCACCCUCCAGCCUAGCCCAUCUCCAAGGGGAUGGGGGAAUGUGGCCUCAGCAGUACCCUCACCCCACUUGGGUUCUAGCUCUGCCCAUGCCCUGGGUACCAACCAGAGCCUGGGUACAAACCCUUUGCUGGGAGAUGUAACCCCAGCUACGUCUAUGCCCAGCAGACCACAGGCUGCCCAAAGUGCAUGCUGGCAGGCCCAUCUAUGAGGAAUAAGUAUCCCAUACCCAUGGCAUCAGCUUGGUAAUGAUACCACACGUGGCACCUAGCACGGGGGUACUCCAGGUGCCCCCAGUGCUGCAGCAUGAAGCCACUGGGGUGUCCUGCUCCUCCAUCCCCAGCACCCCAAGCAUCUUCAAACCCAUACCCCAUGGGGCACAGGAGUAGGAACGAGGGUGCCUGCCCCAUGCCUCCAGGGUGCCAGGUGGGACGGGGGCAGAGGGGCUGGUGGAUAACAGGGACACUUUGCGCCCACAACAUAUCCCCGUGGGGCAGAUGAGACAGCACUUCUAAAUGCCAUAACUCAGAAGCACACAGAGCCAGGGUUGGCUGGGGGGGCUGCGUGCAGGGAGCUCCCUGGGAGGGCAAGGGGUGCACAGCGCCGCGCACCCACCCGCCUGCCAGGGGCGGGAGGGCUGGGGCAGCGGGGCGGGAGGGCGAGCGGCAGCGGGGUGGCCGGGGGGCCAGCCCCGGGGGGCCCGGCGGCCGGAGCAGAUUGGCUGCCGGCGAGGCCUCCCCGGGCUCCUUAGAAAGGGCGGCGAGCGGGGGAGGCGCCAGGGGAGGCAGCAGAGCUCCCAGCCGCGCUCCCGUCCCGCUCGGCAGCCGGCGGCGGCAGACGGGCAGCGGCGAUGCCGCGGGCGGGCGAAGCCCCGGGGGGCCGGGGCACGGCGCUGCUGGCGCUGGCCCUGGCGCUGGCGGGGUCCCCGGGCGGCGGGCAGCACUACGACUACUACGGCUGGCAGCCCGAGGGGCUGUCCCAUGGGCGCUUCUACGGGCGGGAGCCACAGUGCCUCGACAUCCCGCCAGACAUGCAGCUCUGUCGCGACGUGGGCUACAAGCGCAUGCGGCUGCCCAACCUGCUGGAGCAUGAGAGCAUGGCCGAGGCCAAGCAGCAGGCCAGCAGCUGGGUGCCCCUGCUCGCCAAGCAGUGCCACACCGACACCCAGCUCUUCCUCUGCUCCCUCUUUGCCCCUGUCUGCCUCGACCGGCCCGUCUAUCCCUGCCGCUCCCUCUGUGAGGUGGUUCGUGACUCCUGUGCCCCUGUCAUGGAGUCCUAUGGCUUCCCCUGGCCUGAGAUGCUGCACUGUGGCAAGUUUCCCCCCGACCACGAGCUCUGCAUCGCCGUCCAGUUUGGGAACAGCAAGGCCACCCCGCCACCAGUGUCCAAGAUCUGCACCCAGUGUGAGAUGGAGCACAAGGCGGAUGGCAUGAUGGAGCAGAUGUGCUCCAGUGACUUCGUGGUGAAGAUGCGCAUCAAGGAGAUAACGGAGGAAAAUGGGGAGCGGCGGCUGGUGGCCGCCCAGAAGAAGAAGGUGCUGAAGCUGGGCCCACUCAAGCGCAAGGACACCAAGAAGAUGGUGUUGCACAUGAGAAAUGCAGGCGCCUGCCCCUGCCCCCAGCUUGACAGCCUCAGUGGCAGCUUCCUGGUGAUGGGCCGCAAGGUGGGCGGCCGCCUGCUGCUCCUUGCUGUCUACCCCUGGCAGAAGCACAACAAGGAGAUGAAGUUUGCCGUCAAGUUCAUGUUCUCCUACCCGUGUCCCCUUUACCACCCCUUGCUCUAUGGGGCUGGGCAGCACUAAGGCUCUGCCUGUCCUGGGACUCCUGCACUGGCCCAAUGCUGCACCCCUAGCAUCCCAGGAACCCAGCUCUGCUCCCCUCAGCCCCUUAGACCCCAGGACCAUGUUCUGCACCCCCCCAGGGUUCAUAGCUGCAUCUGUAGGAGCUUUGAUCCACUGCCAGGACCCCCACCCCCUCCUGAGACCCCUGCUCUGCACCCCUGGGACCCCUGUUCUUCUCCUAGGACUCUUGCCCAUGCCCAGGACCUCGGCCUGCACCCAGGACUCUUGCUCUGCAUGUUUGUGAGCCUUGCUCUGCACCAGAGGCCCUGGGCUAACCCCAAGCCCCCUGUCUGGCACCCCAGGGACCCUUGCCUGCACUUGGGAUCCCUGCUUGUCCCUCUUGGGAUCCCCUGACUGCACUCGAGAGCCCUGCAUCCCUGUGUCCCCUGCCCAGCUCCCUUAUAACAUGUUCCAGACCCUCAUUCCCCCUAAAGCAUCCCGCACCACCCCCCCACCCCGAGCAUGCACCCCAGCCCUGGGUCAUCCCACCUUUGCAAGGACCCAUCCCAGCCAAGGCAGGUCCCUCCUGCCCCACUGUCCCUGCAGACCCCCAAGACCAAAUAGCCAGAGCAGCAUGGCCUCUGUCUGGGCAUCCCCAUCCUUCCCAUCCUACAUGAUUCAACGUGGGAGGAUCCACCUCCAAGCCCCCCACCCAGACCAGUCCUGCUGUUUCCCCCGACACACACUCCCUCAUCUGCCAGCCCAGUCACCCCUUGCCUGACCGUACCACAGUAAAUUAUUCUGCCUCAAGAA